AUGUGCAUGAUUCACACGGCGACGCCAAGUCACAAAACUCGGGUGAUUUUUUGGAAAAUUUCCGUUGAAGAAACACUAAGUUUCAGGCGAAGACGAUAUUCGAAACGUGGGCAAGUAGGUGCGACGGCUUGUUGUUUUUCACAAAUUCACCAAUGGAGCCUGAGAUUCCGCACGUCUACUGGUCUCAUCUAGGCACUCGCGACCAUUCUUGGGAGAAAAUCCGGCGUGUUUUCCAGUAAGGAUAUUUUAAAAAGAGCAAUAUUCGCUUAUUAGAUUUUAAACCUAGGUUUUUUCAGUCUCACUGUGUUUCCAGACAUGCUGUAGAAAAGGAAAGACCGUACGACUGGUACCUCCGAGCUGACGACGAUGCCUAUGUCAUCGUGGAGAAUCUGAGGUCUUUCCUCUCGAAUUACUCCCCGAAAGCCAAGCACUUUUUCGGGUACCGCUGGAACUUUUUUGUGGUGAGCCUUUUUCAAAAUGAAAAUGAGCCGGUUCAUGUUUUUGGUUCAGCCUCGUGGGUUCGUGGACGGCGCCGCGUAUAUUUUGUCAAGACCGGCCGCUGAAGCAUUUCAUGACGUCAUGAAAGAUCCUACAAGGUGUCCUGAACAUCAUCGAGCAGAAGAAGAUCAGGAGGUUGCUCUUUAUUUCCUUUCUUCGCAAAAAGUAAUUGAAUUUCAAAAUACUUUUCGUUGUUUUCAUAAAGUUUUUUCAAAAUUUGAAACCUCGAUUCAGAUGGCAAAAUGUUUGGCGGCAGUGGGGAUUUUUCCAGAAGACUCGAGGGACGAAAAUGGAUCUGACAGGUCAGAAACAAGAGUUUCAAAGCUCUUUUUUGUCUUUUUCUUUUUUUUUUGCUCGAAAAUAUUUUGACAAAGUAGUCUAUUUUUAAACUGCUCAAUUAUAUUGAAGUUCUUUGUUCUUGGAUAUUUGUUCUGGACCCACGCAUUGACGAAUUUCGAAGAGGAAAUAAGAAGUCGCUCAGGUUUCACCACUUCCAUCCGCUCGAGCACUUGGACAUGUUCAGCGACGCUUUCGCUAGAAGAUUUGCCUAUUAUCCGCCUCUCAGGGUCCGUAUUUUUCUUUAAUCAGUGGAAAGAUCGAACUUAUUAUUCGUAGUAACUGGAGAAUUAAAUUGGACCAAAAAGUAGACGCCAGACAGUCUUUUGGGUUAACUUCAGUACACAACUUCAUCAUCAAGGGGUUCAUUUCUUGUGGUCACGCCAGUUACAUGAUAUUCUGUCCUAUCUGGUCAGCUAAGCAAAGAGGGGUUCAAAUCAAUGACAACACUAGUAAUGAAGACUUUCACUUGUGGUAUAGUUUUUCGUGGAAGAAUUUUCUCUCUGAAAAAUUGUAGCCUUCAUAAGGCCUUUAUGAGGAAAACAGCACGUCAUUGUUAUCUCCCAAAAAGGACGAAAAUAUCAUAACUUUCCAAGGAUUUUCUUGUAUUAAAACCAGAAAUUUGUUAUCUAGUGUAGGCCAAUCGGCUUCCGUAAAAUAUUGCUUUUCAAAUAGAAUUUGAAUCUAAAGAAGAUAAUGGAACGCUCUGAUGGCUAAUUUGAGAUAGAGUUUCAAGUUUCCUCUUUCAAGAAUCCAAACUAGAAAGCCAGUCGUUUUUCAAUGAUCGUCACAUUUAAAUUUGCGAUAAAUAUUUUUUUUCUAAACUAUGAAGCUAACAACAAAAAUAUCAAAACGGGCAAUAUAUUUUUUUAGCGUAAGAAGGGUAAAACCCGAAACUUUAAUUUGGGAAUGGUCUCAAAAUCUUGUGGCAUUUCGGAAUGCAUUCCUACUAAAUGGGUUUUUACUCAAUUUCCAAGUCUGGUGUCAAAUGAGGCCGAUCUACUAAUAAAAUCGUGGCCGCCCGGAGUUUAAAACUUCGAUCACGUUGAUUGAUCAGCUUGUGGCCACAGAAAAGCCAACUUUUUCGUGACUUUUUCAGGAAAUUUUGCUUCUAAAUAAAUCAAGUUUUAUCAUGCUCUAUGUAUAAGGAACGAGCUCAAUCGAAAAAAAAAAAUUAAACGUUCAUAACCUUUUUCUCAUGCCUCUUUGGCAGUCCCAGAUUUUAUAUCAGCGUUCAAAACUACAUCUGGUGAUUAUUUUUUUAAUAGUAACACUAUGCGGUUCGAAAAUUCCUUGUAAGGGUGUAAAGAAUAUAUUGGCCUCAAACUAGUGGAGUGCAAGCUAGAGACAUAUGAGCUCAAACAUCGUCUGCUGGUUCUUCCUUAUUUGAAUCUUAAGUCCAUCGAUGUAACUUACUUAUCCGAUUACAGGGAGAAGAAAACUUCAGUCCGGAAAUGGUGAGUUUCCACCACGUCUCGCCGUAUGAGAUGCGACUCCUCGACUUCAUCCUCUACGCCGCGAAACCUUCAUGA